AUGAAAUUCAGCAAUGAAACAACCAUCUCAGAAUUCCUUCUCCUGGGACUGACAGAGGAUCCAGCCCUGCAGCCCCUCAUCUUCAGCCUCUUUCUGUCCAUGUACCUGGUCACAGUGCUUGGGAACCUGCUCAUCAUCCUGGCCAUCAGCUCUGACCCCCACCUCCACACCCCCAUGUACUUCUUCCUCUGCUGUCUGUCCUUUAACGACAUCGCUUAUACUACAUGCACAAUCCCACAGAUGCUGGUGAACAUCCAAACUGAGGAUCACACCAUCACCUACACAGGCUGCCUCACCCAGGUCUCUUUUGUCAUAAUUUUUGCACUUAUGGAAAGUUUUCUCCUUGUGGUGAUGGCCUAUGACCGCUAUGUGGCCAUUUGUCACCCCCUGAGGUACAGGGUCAUCAUGAACCCCCGCCUGUGUGUCCUGCUGGUUCUGGUCUCCCUGCUCAUUAGUGUUGCUGACGCCCUCCUCCACACUCUGCUGUUGCAGCGGCUGACCUUCAGCUCAGACCGGGGGAUCCCCCACUUCUUCUGUGAACUUGCUCAUGUCAUCGAGCUCUCCUGUUCUGACACCCUCAUUGAUAAUAUCACAGUAUUUGUUGCAGCCUGUCUAUUUGCUGGUGUUCCUCUCGGUGGGAUCAUUUUCUCUUAUAUUCACAUUGUUUCCUCUGUCUUGAGAAUGCCCUCAUCAGGAGGGAAGCAUAAAGCCUUUUCCACCUGUGGGUCUCACCUGUCUGUUGUCUCCUUGUUUUAUGGAAUAUCUUUUGGGGUGUACAUGAGCUCUGCAGUGACAGACUCCCCCAGGAAUUCUGCUGUGGCUUCAGUGAUGUACACAGUGGUCCCUCAAAUGCUGAACCCCUUUAUCUAUAGCCUGAGGAACAGGAACAUGAAGGAAGCCCUGAGGAAACUCUUUGGUAGGAUAGGUUCUCUGCUGUGA